AUGCCACUGCACCCAGUGACCGAAAACAAGACUCCGAAUGCACACUGGAGUGACUGCUCUGGCUGUGUAUGCAACAACCCAGGAGAUGGCAGUGCAGAAGUGGGUCUACUCUGGAACAGGGACAGCACGCCACCUAUAGAGCAAUUUGCUAUUCCAGGACACUUCCAUACCAGCUGUUUAUGUGGCUGGCAUAGCAGCUGCCACGGUAACCUCUGGUUUAUUUCUUUACAGGUGGCAGCAGCGGAGGAGCAAGAGGCAGCAGGAACACAACGCUGUCCAAACCGAGGGCGUCCGGGAGCUACCUACUUCAGCGACUGCCCCGACACCUGGCCCAGCAUCUGCCUUGGCACCUGCUCCAGUAAUUGCCUCGACACCUGGCCCAGCAACUCCUUGGCACCUGCUCCAGCGCCUGCCUUGGCACCUGCCCCAGCGCCUGCCUUGGCACCUGCCCCAGCGCCUGCCUUGGCACCUGCCUCAGCGCCUGCCUUGGCACCUGCCUCAGCGCCUGUCCAGGCACCUGGCCCAGCGCCUGUCCAGGCACCUGACCCAGCACCUGCUCCAGCUCCUGCCCCAGGACCUGCCCCAGGACCUGCUCAAGUGCCUGCCCCAGCACCUACUCCAGUGCUUGCCCCAGAACCUACUCCAGCACCUGCCCCGGCACCUGCACCGGCAUCUGCCCCAGCACCUGCCCCAGCACCUGCUCCAGAACCUGCUUUGGCACCUGCUCGAGCGCCUGCCUUGGUACCUACUCCAGUGGCUGCUUUGGUUCCUACUCCAGUGGCUGCUUUGGCGCCUGCUCCAGCACCUACUCCAUCUCCUGCCCGGGCACCUACUCCAGUGCCUGCCUUGGCUCCUGGUCAAGUGCCUUCCUUGGCACCUGCUUUGGUACCUGCUCCAGUGGCUAUUUCGGCACCGGCUCCAGCGCCUGGCCUGGCACCUACUACAGUGCCUACCCCGACAUCUGCCCCAGCGCCUACUUUGGCACCUGCCCCGGCAUCUGCCCCAGCGCCUGCCUUGGCGCCUGCCUUGGCACCUGCUCCAGCGCCUGCCUUGGCACCUGCUCCAGCGCCCGCCCCGGGCACCUACUCCGGCACCUGGCCCAGCACCUGCCUUGGCACCUGCUCCAGUGCCCACACCGGGACCUGGUUAAGCACCUGCCUUGGCACCUGCUCCAGUGCCUGCCUUGGCAUCUGGUUCAGCACCUGCCUUGGCACCUGCUCCAGUGCCUGCCUUGGCACCUGGUUCAGCACCUGCCUUGGCACCUGCACCAGUGCCUGCCUUGGCACCUGGUUCAGCACCUGCCUUGGCACCUGCACCAGUGCCUGCCUUGGCACCUGGUUCAGCACCUGCCUUGGUACCUGCUCCAGUGCCUGCCUUGGCAUCUGGUUCAGCACUUGCCUUGGCACCUGCUCCAGUGCCUGCCCCCUGCUACCUUUAUUAAGUAAUUCUUAACUGAUUUUGACUUAAACACCUCAUCUGGCGUGUCAGUGCUGGGGAAACCAAAUUGCUAAAUUGCACCACCACACCCAUAUAAAGAGGGUCGACAUCUUUCUCGUGCCGGGAAACAUACUG